AUGGAGUGCAAUAACGAACAAGACCCAUCGAUUGACGAGCUCGUUGAAGAGUUAAUCGAGCAUGACUCGUUGAUUGGCGAACGCACAGGAAAAUGCAAUGUCUCUGGUGCUCAAGGAAACUUUACAAAGGCAAAGGUUUAUUAUAAGAGAAUGUUGGAGAGACAAACGAAAGAGUCAGGUGAAGAUGAUCUUUCUGUGGCCACCACACUCUACCAGAUCGGAACUUAUUUGACGUUGGAAGGGAAUAUUGAUGAAGCCUUGGAGAUGCUCGAACGAGCUCUUAAGCUACAGUUGGAGACAUUGGGAGAAGGACAUGACGAUACAGCAUUAACCUACCAACUGCUUGGCACCAACUUUCUGAAUCACAGAGAAAAUGAACAAGCCGAAGAAAUGUUCCGAAAAGCUCUGCAUAUCAAGCUCGACAUUCUGCGCCAAAUUUUUUCUAAUUUGACGGGUCUGUGCCGACAACUGAUGAACUCCUUGAAAGGGCAAGAGAAGUAUUCAGAAGCAAUCGAGAUACAAAAACUAGUGCUUGAGAACCUCCUACAAAUGCAUGGGGAAGACCACCCUGACGUUGUGCAAACAUAUCUCGGCAUUGCAGGGCUGCUGGGAGACCAAGCGAGGUUGGACGAUUCUCUUCACAUGGUCGACAGAUGCGUCGAAAUCUGUUCUCGACUACAAGGAACUGAAGACUUUCACCCAAGAAUAUUGACACAAGUGCUCUUCCACAAAGCGACAUGCCUGGAAGCACAAGGGGACUUUGAAGGUGCAGAGGGGGUGCUCGCGGAAUUGCGAUUGGUGCAAAAGGAAACGCUAAGUGAAACGCACCCCUUAGUAGCAGAGACAGCAGAGGCCUAUGACCAUCUUGCAAAACUAUAUGGUCUGAAAGGCAUGUUAGACAAUGCCAUCAAUGCGUACGCAACUGCUACCAAUAUUCGCAAAACGGCGCUUGGCAACGGCCAUCCUAGCACAAAGAAAUCUGUGAUUGCCCUGAAAGCCUUGAAGCGCCAGAAAACUGCAAGAGCACUGAACCAAGAGGGACUGGUAAGGAAGGCGCAAGGUGAUUCGGAAGGGGCGCUGCAACCUCUUCGAAGAGGCGCUGGAUAUUCACAAGGAAAUUUGUGCUCACACAAGUAUGGUGAAUGUCUACGAGAAUAUUUCGGCUGA